UGGCUCUGCCGGAGGAGCGGUACGGCCCUGGGAGGCGGUGGUGAGGCCUCGCGGAGGAGCAGCGGCGACGAGGAGGUGCACGGCACGGGCCAGACAAACAGACUGGCACUGGCAUCACGGGAGUCGGCGGCAGUGGUCACCGGUACUCGCCGAGACGGUCUCGAGAGUCACCCGUGCGCGGUUGGUGAACGUGCGCGGCGUGGAUCGCUUUUAAAUCGCUCGUCGAGCGAGGUGCGCGCAAUGUGCCCGAACCGUUCGGGAUCGUGAGAUCGGAUCGGCAACACCUGGUGAACGAGCCAGCGCAGGUGGAGAGAGGAAUUCCAUCGUCGUCGCCUAAAGAAUGUGCCCGUGAACGGGUUCCGAUCGUCACGCGGAAAAAGAAAGGUCGAAGGUGACCGGUGCACGGACACCGUGGAGAAACUAAACAGGGAAAAAGCGAUCGAACGGAUAGACGAUCCGCGAACGUUAAGAGUUUAGAGCCUAGUGUGAUUAAAGAGGAGAAUUAUUCCCGGGUGAAGUGCGGGAUCUAAACAGAAAGACAUUAAAGCUUCUGAAAGGUCGAAUAAAAGGGAACUUCGGUGUGAGAGUGGUGAUCCGUUUAGUUAGAAGGGUGAUCGAGAUCGAUCCGUCGCGUCGGAACCGCGGCUCGAUCGCCGGGUCGGCGGACCCGCUCGGCGUCCACGUUGGUGGCUCGGUAGGGAACGACGACGACGACGACGACGUCGUCGUCGUGCGAGCCCCGACGUAGGAGGAGGAGGAGGCGGUGGCGUAGGGGAAGGUGGUGUUGGUGGAGGUGGUGGUGGAAGCGGCGCGAGGUAGAAUGGUGGCUUCCGGGCCGUGUCGGCCACCGGCGGAAAGACGCGCCGGCGAGAUGUCGCCGCGCCGUCUCGCGCCCCUUCUGAUCCUCGGCACGAUCCUCGCCGGGCUGACGAGCACCGCCGCCGCGGACAGGAUGAGCGGCCUCUACGUCGACAACGGAUUCGACCAGACGGUCGUCCACAGGGUGGUCAGCCAGAGGGAGAAGCGCGAGGUCGAGCACGAGAUACUCAACCUUCUUGGGCUGCCGGACAGGCCGAGAAGCACCGCCGGCAGGCCGCCGCAGGUCAAGAGGUCGGCGCCCAAGUUCCUCCUGGACAUAUACAAGAACGCGCUCGGCGAGGACGAGGACGAGAAACCGAUCGGCGAGCAGCAACGUAGGGCCGGCGAAUUCGACCUCACCGGCCAGGAUCUCAGGGCCAUCGACCAGAGCGACGUCAUCAUGACCUUUACCGCGCACAAUCAUCAUGUUCCCGGAGUGAGGCAUGAGCGCGGUAAAAGGCUUUGGUUCGACGUCUCCGAGGUACCGCCAGGGGAGCACAUAAUCGGUGCAGAGCUCAGGCUCUAUCGCAGCAUGGACGUGAAGAAUCGAAGAAACCGUGGAUCGUACAUGAUCACGGCGUAUCGUGUCUUGAGAACCGAAGACGGGACGAGGGAGUUACAAUACGUGGAUGCAGUCAACACGACAAUAGGAAAAGAAAAAUGGCUAACCUUAAACGUUAGCGAACCUCUUCAACAUUGGGUGAAUAAUCCCGAUGGAAAUAAAGGGUUGUACCUUUCAGUACAUCCGGCAGAUCGUUCAGUACACGAGAUGAGACCCGAGGACAUAGGGAUCGUCGGUUUUAGAGGCGAUCCGGAUAAACAACCCUUCAUGGUGGGAUAUUUCAAGAGUUCUGGUAUAAGGGAGAAAAAGGUACGACAAAAGCGUGACGCAAGGAGAAGAAAAAAGAGCGAGUCCUCGAGUUUGGAUUAUCGGAAUAAUCCGUACACCGAUCCAGGAGUGCAGUACAAUUCGAAGACUUGCAAAAUCCAAACGCUGUACGUUAGCUUCAGGGACUUAAAGUGGCAGGACUGGAUCAUAGCACCGGACGGGUACGACGCAUAUUACUGCAGCGGUGAAUGCAAUUUCCCUCUGAACGCUCAUAUGAACGCGACCAAUCACGCGAUCGUCCAAACGUUGGUGCACCUGGUGAGUCCUGGUAAGGUACCAAAGCCGUGCUGCGCGCCUACCAAGCUCUCACCGAUCUCCGUGCUGUAUUUUCUCGACGAAAGCAACGUUAUACUGAAGAAGUACAAAAACAUGGUCGUCAAGAGUUGCGGUUGCCACUGAUCGUCCCCCGUGAUUAGUAAGCAUUGCGCGGACGCCGCGCUACGGAUCGAGUCGAACGUGUGAACGACAACCGUCCAAUUGGAUUUUCAAGCCGGGAUCGGCUUUAAUAAUCAUCGGCUCGUGGAUUGAUUCGAGCCACGACGGAUCGAGUAACCUUUAACGACGAAUCAUCGUGCGUUCUAACGUUUCCAACUACUCGAUACUUGACAUGAUACUAGUUGGACCACGGACUUUAGUCGUUCUCGUAACGCUGCCGCCAGUCUAUUAUUAGGCAACGGAAUUAUUUAUUGAACUCGUCGAUUCGUAUGGUCGAGCGAUUUUUAAAUAAUAUUUCUGAUCUACAUAUGUUCACUCCACUUUCCGAGAUUUUUCAUUCGCUGCAAAUCCAAUGCUACCGUAUCUUCGUAACAUCGGAAUGUUUUCAUAUGGUUUAAAUUGGAAUACUCGACUUUAAUUCCAUAACAGUUGUUGUAUUAUUGAGUUUUUCGGAACCUAUUAGGAUAGAAACAUUACGAAUGUGAAAUUUGUUGGCAUUUAUUGAACGAAAGAAGAUUGAAAAUAAAUAAUAUAAUUACGUGUUCGAAGCAAAGGUUUAUGAUUUGAUUAGAAAAGGUUUUGUAAUAAAAUCACAAGAUUUAAUUUAAAACUAUACUAUACUGUACAACUUUCAUUUGAUUAUCAUAAAACACAGUUUAGCCCUUUAGGUCUCAAAUGGCGUUAAGUAACUUAUCAUUUUUAACAAAAGUAAAUAUUUUUAUAAACAAUCCUAUUCUAACUGUUGAAAAAAUAAGCGGUUACUGCUAUAUCAAUAUUAUACUGGUGGCUUCGCGAAUAGUCCUCUGAUUCGCAUUUUACUGAUAUUGAAAUAUGAUGUUCCAAGGCGAUACCAUCGGGAACUAAAGGGUUAAGAUAUUUUGAAAACUGAUAACUGGAAUAAGUUUGUGCGGGGAUCUAUUUUCAUGGAGAAGAUCUUGGUCAUCUUUCUUGCGAAACAUAAAUUUUUGUUUAGAACUUUGAUUGUGAUAGAAACUUACUAUUAAAGUUGGUUUCUUGAUUAUCGAUACAGGGGAGAUACGUUCAGUAACUGGUGGUACACUAUAAUUUACCACAGAAAAUUUUUGUAAAAAUCGAAAAGACGAAUCUUUGAGUUCAUAGUAUUACUAAUCGCUCAAAAUAUGUACAUCGAUUUAUGAACGAGACUUACAAAGGAUCAUACCAAAAUUAUAUCUGCCGAUUUUUAUGAAAUUUUGGUAGAAAAUAUUUCUUGCAAAUGUAUCUGAAAUGUGUCUUUUAUGUCAGUCAUCAUACAUAUUAAAAAAAUUAAAAUAGUCUUUAAAUUUUAGAAUAAAAAACAUAGAUACUUGGUUGAAUAUUCUAAAAAAUGAUGAUAAUAGAAGGAUGUUAUACGUAACGAAAUAAUAAAUCUAUUUUUUAACUUUAAAAGAAAAUACUAUUUUUUUAUCAAAAAUAUUGUUACAAUAAAUGUAAAUCUAUUAAAAAUAUAAGUCUCUUUUAUCUUUAGGAAAAUU